AGUCAUAUUUCAAACAACUUCAUAAACCAUAAACCUGUCUUGAGCUUAAUUACUGCUGCAAUGGACACCAUAUCCUGCAUUGGUGAAGGAUGGAGGCUGUGCACAGCUGCAAGCUUUAUAAGCUGCAUCAUUCUGAUAUUCUUUCUCAACCACAGCCAUGACAGGGUAAACCUAUCAACUCUUGGGAACAUAGCCAUAAAAUCAACACUACCGGCCAAUGAAUCAGAUGCGAACAUGAAGCUCUUGCAAGUAGCAGACUUGAAGGAACACAUGAAACAGAUAAAUAAAGAAGACAAAUGCAAUGUAUUUGAUGGAAAAUGGGUUUACGAUCCAAAGCAAAGCCCUCUCUACCAAGGAGCUCAGUGUCCAUUUCUUAGCGACCAAGUCAGCUGCCAAAGGAAUGGAAGGGCAGAUUUCAUGUAUGAGAAAUGGAGUUGGGAGGCCAAGGGGUGUAAAAUUCCAAGGUUUAAUGGAACAGACAUGUUAGAGAGACUUAGAGGAAAGAGAGUGAUAGUAGUUGGGGACUCUCUCAACAGAAACCAGUGGGAAUCUCUAGCUUGUCUACUUUACUCAGCUCUCCCUCCCUCUCAAGCCCAAGUUGAUGUGGAAAGUGGCAUCUACAAGGUCUUCACAGCAAAGGUCGGUUUCAAAGUGCUUCUAGUUGUAGAAUCUUUCUCCUAGUGAACCC